UUGUGUGCAUGUUGUGUGCCUCACGGUCGAUAGACUACGGGGCUUGAUUGGGUUCUAACCUGCAUGUCCGUGGAGUCGUUUCAGCUCAGUGGGGAUUCUCAACCUUGUUGAGACCGAGGCCGGGGAUCAUACGGCUACCGCUAAGCUAAUACCCCUUAAGGCUCUGCGAGGGGCCCGGCCAGGCGAGUACAGUUGAUUGCCUGUCCCCCGUAGAAGGGACAGUUCUUUUUCCAGUCUCUAAUAAACAAUUUUGAACCUGUGUCUGUGUGUCCAUGUGGUCAAGCGACAAGCAAACUGGAGUCCUCAUCAACCGAGGCUCUGUGUAACCCCAGUGGAGGAGAAGGUCCUAGGUGGACACCCGUUGGGUUAGUUGGGGAAGUGCAGGAGAGUGAAGGAGAUUGUGAAAGUGUGUGAGAGUGAGAGAAUGGUGUGCCGGCCAGCUGUAAGAGGAAGUGUGAAAGGAGCCCAUGGAAUCCGGGCCACCCAGACAUGGAAUCCGGGGUGAACUGAGGGCCCUGAGGACCUCGAUGUGGAAUCCGGGGUGUUAGCAAUAAGAUAAAAAUAAAACUUGAGAACAUCAUCUGUGCAAGGGACUUACCUUCUCUCAGUACAAAUAAGGUUUCUGUGGUGAGACACCAAAUGCACUCAACUUCCUCUUUGAACAACAUAUUUGUCAGUUAUCAACAAGAUCCUUGCCACCCAGAGUUAGAGCUUUCUUACCCCAACUUCGUGCAAAGAAGCAAGAGAAUUAAUCCUAGCUGAAAUUCAGGAGAUCCUAAUUCCUCGGCUUACCUUGAUGACUAUACAGAAAAAUUCAAGAUGGGUAGCAACGGUACUAGCAAUGCUGAGAUUAACUGCAAUAUUACUGAUGUGACUUUUCAGUAUUCCCUCUAUGCAGCUACCUACAUGCUCAUAUUCAUUCCUGGUCUUCUAGCCAACAGUGCAGCUUUGUGGAUUCUAUUCCGCUUUAUCAACAAGAAAAAUAAAGCCAUCAUUUUUAUGAUCAACCUUUCUGUGGCUGAUCUUGCUCAUGUGCUGUCCCUACCACUCCGGAUAUAUUACUACAUCAGUCAUCAUUGGCCUUUCCAGAAGGCCCUUUGCCUACUGUGCUUCUACCUGAAGUAUCUCAACAUGUAUGCCAGCAUUUGCUUCCUGACUUGCAUCAGUCUUCAGAGGUAUUUCUUCCUCCUCAAACCCUUCAAGGCCAGAGAUUGGAAGCGUAGAUAUGAUGUGGGCAUCAGUGCUGCUAUCUGGAUCAUCGUGGGUACUGCCUGUUUGCCAUUUCCUAUCAUGAGAAGUCAUAUAAAUAACAAAACUGAGUCCUGCUUUGCUGAUCUUGAUUACAAAGAAAUGAAUGUAGUGACUUUAGCUGUAAUGAUUACAUUUGCUGAGCUGGCAGGAUUUGUGAUCCCAGUAUUCAUCAUUGCAUGGUGUACCUGGAAAACUACAAUGUCCUUGAAGCAUCCACCAAUGGCUUUCCAAGGAAUCAGUGAGAGGCAGAAAGCAUUGCGGAUGGUUUUUAUGUGUGCUGCUGUCUUCUUUAUCUGCUUCACUCCCUAUCAUAUUAACUUUAUUUUUUAUACCAUGGUAAAGGAAAAGAUCAUUAAGAGUUGUCCAAUUGUCCAAAGCACACAGUAUUUCCAUCCUUUUUCUCUAUGCCUUGCAAGUCUCUGUUGCCUUUUGGAUCCAAUUAUAUAUUAUUUCAUGGCCUCAGAGUUUCGUGACCAACUGUCCCGCCAUGGCAGCUCUGUGAUCCGCUCCCGCCUCAUGAGCAGGGAGAGUGGUUCAUCAGUGCUUGGUUAAAAGUAAAAUUAAAACAAACACUCUCUUCCACUCAAUUAUAACUUUGUCUAAGUGUUUCUUUAUAUAUUUUUUAAAAUUUCUUGCCAUCAGGGUUACUGCCGGGGCUCAGUGCCUACACAAUGAAUUCACUGAUCCUUGUGAUCUCUCUCUCUCUCUCUCUCUCUCUCUCUUUCAUUUUUAUAGACACAGAGAGAAAUUGAGAGGGAAGGGUAUAUAGAGAAAGAUAUAAAGUAAGAUACCUGUAAUAUACCUGCAAUGCUAUAUUUCAUGAAGCUUUCCCCUUGCAUGUGGGUAUUGGGGGCUUGAACCCAGGUCCUUGCACAUAGAAAUGUUUGCACUCUUACAGGUAAACUACUGACCAGUUCAUAGUUAUUUAAUUUAACUUUGGGAACAACAGAAAUUAAUGUCUUCUUCCAUGAUAAUUGAAGUUAUCAGGGUCUGCUAGUAGAAGCAAAGUGUGAAAAUAACGUAGGCCUGGUUCUCUAUGAAAUUGAAGGCACUUCUUUUUUCUUUUUUUCUUUUUGUCUCCAGGGUUAUUGCUAGGGCUUGGUGCCUGCACUACGAAUCCACUGCUUCUGGAGGCUAUUUUUUCCCUUUUGUUGCCCUUGUUGUUUAUCGUUGUUGGAUAGGACAGAGAGAAAUCGAGAGAGGAUGGGAAGACAGAAAGGGAUAGAGAAAGACACCCGCAGACCUGCUUCACUGCUUGUGAAGCGACCUCCCUGCAGGUGGGGAGCCAGGGGCUCGAACCCGGAUCCUUAAGCUGGUCCUUGCACUUUAGACCAUGUGUGCUUAAUCUGCUGCGCUACCACCCAGCCUCUCACUUUUUCAUUUUAUAUACCUGUGGGGCGACAAGUUAGCUCAUUUGGAUAAUGGACUUGCUUUGUCACGGGGACUAUUCAUGUUUGAGCCUGGUUCCCACCAUACUGAGGGAAGCUUUGUUAUUUUAAUGUCUUUCUUUCUGUCUCUCUAGGUCUGUCUCUGUCUAUCUGAAAAAAAAAAAAAGUUAACCUGUAGUGAUGAAGUUCCAGUUAUGAUCAAAUUGUAUUUCUAGGUAAAGUUUUUACAGAUGGUUUUAGUCUAAUAGAAAUUCUAUAUCUUUUCUUAAACAUUUCUUCAGUAACUAUGAUAUUGCUGGCAGGAUAUGAUAAAAACAUCAAUUUCCCCCAGAAAAUAACAACAAAUCUCUUUCUUAUGAAGAUAUUUAUUUGUGAAAGUGAUUGAAAAUAAUUAUUCUCUCUAAUGUAAAAUGCAUAAAGACAUGGUGAAAAUAUAAAGAUUGAGGCAGUAUGUGCAUAUAUCGCAGAACCAUGAUUAAUUACUAAUUUAAAGACAUGAGAAUUAGUUCAGUAUUGACUAUAUUGAAUGUCUACUGUGUUUGGGGUUGUCAUUAUUCUACAUUUCCCAUAUUAUAUCUUAUCUGACAUUUCUAAUAAAUUUAUGUACAUUUUCAGCACAUAUGAAUAAAUAUAAAUUUAAAUUACUAUUACCAAAUGAAACAAAUUUGCUGGUGAUAAACAGUGUAAAACAAAAAUUUUGCCUAGAUAAGCAGUGGUUUGAACAGUAAAAAUGGUAGUUUUAUUAGGUUCCUAGAAGUUAUGGUCCUGGCUUGAUGUUCAUGUCUUAGGCCCAAUAAAUAAAAUGAUAUUACACUGAGAAUAAGUAAAAGAAAGAGAGGUCUAACGUCAGCCAUGUGGUGUGAGUCAGCUUUUGUCAUAAAUCUUUAAUCAUCCAUUCUCCAGCAAUCAACUUCCCAAGCACUUGGAUUCCAAAAGAUGAUUCUGCUUUAGCAGCAAUCCUAUUAAAUAGUUUUUAGAA